ACAGCAUUUCAAAUAUGGAAGUAGAAGCAGAUUUUAAUUAUAACAUUAUUAGAAAAAUUUGCAGAAAGACUUGUUAGGCUGCAGCUCAUCCUAGUCUUGUCAAUCACCAUUGUUGCCAGGCAGAAAAAAAAAAUGAAGCAUAUGAAAAGUUUUUAAGUGCACAUAAUAUUUUUUGCUAAACCACCCCCACAUACCCAUUUAAUUUCUGACUCAUACUGACAAGAGCUUAGAUGAAUGACUUGUCUGGCCCUUCCCACUUUGUAUAGCCAUUGGCUGGUUUGGUUCUAAAAAGGAUUUUAAAAAGGACAAUAAUUUGCCUUUGCCUGGGAUCUGAGGCUGCAAGGGUGCUGGAAAGCUGAUCCGUGGGCUGCCACCAUGCAGAUCUCUUGGGCUGUGUGCUCUGUCUGUGUCUUCAUCCAAAUUGCAUUUCAGUCAGUAGAAGGGUGGCAAAUGUUUAAAAAUGAUGCUACAGAAAUAAUUCCUGAGAUGACUGAAAAUACAGAAGCACCGAUGGAACAGACUUACAGCGACAACAACACAAUGAACCAGGCAAAGCAUGGGGGAAGACACAUACAACAGUCUCCAGACCCUAAUGAUGCUUCUGACUUCAGCUGCAGAGAAAUGCGAACCACGCGCUACGUCACGGAAGGGCCGUGCCGCAGCGUCAAGCCGGUCAAGGAACUGGUCUGCUCAGGCCAGUGCGUCCCGUCCCACCUCCUGCCCAACUCCAUCGGCAGAGGGAAGUGGUGGCGUCAGAAUGCCCCGGAUUACCGCUGCAUCCCCGCUCACACCCGCACGCAGCGCAUCCAGAUGGCCUGUCCCGACCAAGAGACUCGGACUUACAAAUUCCGAGCUGUCACGGCCUGCAAGUGCAAGCGCUACACUCGCUACCACAACCAGUCUGAGCUCAAGGACUUCGGCAAGGAAAGCGUCAGGCCUCAGAAGAACAAGAAGCCCCGUCUCUCCAGAGCCAGGAGCAGCAAAUCCAACCAGCCCGAGCUGGAGAACGCUUAUUAGACUGUCUCUGUGAGAGAUGCAGCCCAGCAGCUCGGGAUAUUUUACAGGACAUCAAAUGGCACUCACAGGCCACAGAACGGGGUUCUGGCUGCAGGAGGUUCCAAGUCCUCUUGCUAAGCGGGAUCAAAGGCUCAUAUAGACCAAAAUCUAUCAGAUUAUAACAGUUAUGGUCUGAUAAGAGAAUGAGAUAAACUGAGCUUGUGGGGUAGCAACUCUUAAAUUCAGUUUGAGGGAGGUACACCUUGGAGAUUUGCAUGAGGUCAUGCGGCUUGUACUUUGAGGAAGGCAGAGGAAAGAAGAAGUGUUAUUGUGACAA